ACAACGUUUGCUUUUAAAGCGCUAAUCGAUAGGACAGAGUUAAGCGAUUUAGUGAUAAAGAUGAUGGUAUGUGUUGCUAACCCAAACCACUGAAUCGGCGUACGAUUUUACAGACAUCCAUAUGAACAGCUGACUUGAGGAAGAAAGAUGGAGGAUACAGGAAGUGAAACACUGAAGCAGCAGUUUCAGCUGUUACAGGAACAGCAGCAGAAAAAGUUACAGCGAAGAAAACAACGACAGGACCAAAAAGAAAAGUCGUCCGUCCAGAAACCAGCAGCACCUCCAACAUUUGGUGUGGAAGACCAGUUAGAUUUAAAGCUUGCUGAUCCAGUCCCUAAAGGAAGUAGCUACCUAUCUGAGGAACUUGUUGAACAUUUAAACCAGCAAAUAAGAGAAUUGAAAGAUGAAAAUGGUCGAGUUUACAAGCUCUUAAGUGAAAAAGAUUUUGAAUUACGGAAUAUGAAAAAGAAGAGAGAAGAAGACAAAUCAGGAGCCUCUGGUCUUACCAAUGAGACCGCUGCUACCAAAAUUGUUGAAUUGUCCAAGAAAGUACGGGAGCUUACAUCAGAAAUGGAAGUCGAAAGGACAAAAAGUAAACAAUUGGCCAGAAAAUGUAUGGACCUAAGUAAUCAGAUUUCCAGUAUUCCACAGGAGGCGCGGUCCAUGAUGGGGUCCGCCGUCAGUCUGAGAUUACAGGCCGAAGAAAAGUCUGAAGAUCAAGUCGAUGUGAAGGCAAUCCAAGAUAAACUAAAACAGACGGAAUCCAAGGUGUCAGAUUAUCGGAACCAGAUCUCGUCUUUAAAACAGGAACUGAAAAUAGUUAACAAGGUGUUGAGUCAGGAGAUUGGUGACAAUGUCAAUGUUCAGAGUCUACUGAACACAAACAGUUCCUGGAGAGGACGAUCACAACAGAUCCUCGGUCUACAGGCCAGGUUGGAGGACCUCCGUGCACAGCUGGCUAGUAAGACAAAGCCCGAGGGAGACCUGGAGAAGGACAUGAUGGGAAUGACUUCAUCACGCCGUCGCACUGCAGACGACCGACACCGGGAACAGCUACGGAAGCUGGACAAAGAAAGGAAGGAGUCACAGGAGAAACAAGCCAAUGAGUUGAAGGCUUUAGAGGAAGAACAUGAGGCUCUAAAGACAAAGCUGGAUGCUUCGAAGACGAGGAACAAAGUUUUAGCUAAUGAGAUAAAGUCUAUGAAGGGACAGAUGCAGACUUGUAUACAGAAAGGUCACCAUGACGACGAGCUGAUAGAGGCUCUCAUGCGUCAGCAGUCGAAGCUGCAGAAGCUGUUGGAGGAGUCGGGUAGUGACAAGAUGGUCAACAGCCAACAGGCCGAGGCCCAGCUCAAACAUAUGUCCAUGAAGGCUCAGCAGGACAGCAACAUUGUACAGCAACUCAAGGUCAUUGUCACGGAGAAGGAGUCCAAAGUCCAUCAACUCGAGGACGAGAUCAGGCAGCUCAAACGCAAUCAUCUACACAAAGCUCAAGAAGAGGGGGUAAGCCAGCUGUUCCAACAUGUGGACAACCGCCCUCCGUCAUCUAUACCCAGCAGCCGUCCAAUGACAUGUGAUAACAACAUAGAACUGGAUUUCACCGUGUCCUCAGUCACCCCGACACAGUCAAGGUUAAGUGAGAGGCCUCCGUCUGGAAUGAAGGAUCGUCCUCUCUCAUCUGCCAUGGACAGACCACUAACAUCAAACAGCAUGUUGGACAGUUCCAGGGUCCCAUCUCGGAAGUCUGCGAGGACGCCUACUAAUAACCAUGCCGACCGUCAGGCUAUCGCAGAUUUGACCUAUCAAUGCCAGGAAUAUCACACAGUGAUGCAAGCUACAGAAGUGGAACGGGACCGUUUGUCAGAGCUGGUCCAAGUUGUACAGAACAGAAUGACUGAGCAGACGGAGAGGUUGACAGAGCUACAGAAUGAACUUGUACAACAGAGACGCAAGAACGCACUUCUGGAGAAACAGAUCGGCAAAAACAAAGUGGAGUCGCAGAAUAUGAUCAACAAAUCAAGUAGUGCUGUACCCCGAGGAAGGAAGCAAACGCCAGGCCGGGCCAGUAGUCAGUCGACCAUGUCGGCCAAUCCCCUGUCCUCGAGCAUGAUGGGAAAGGACAUGUUGGGAGCCAUGGACGAGGAGGAUAUUGAUACGAUGAAUAUAGAAGAGGUCAAAACAAAUUUGGAGAUUCAGCGUGACGAGAACGAGGCUCUAAAGACGGCCCUACAGAGUACACUGAAGGCCAAGGAUGAGGACCUACAGUCGUACUACAACAUCAUGGAGGAGACCAAGAAAGUCUUCCUCCAGGCCCUCCGACAAUAUAAACAGAAUGUCACGGGCACAUGACCAAGGGGUCGUUAGGGGUUAGAGGUCACAGGUCGAAGUGCAAAGGAGUUAAUACUUUUUGUGAGUAUAUUGUUUUUAUGAAAAUUUUGUGUCAAAAUGAUACAGCUCUUGUUGAUUCUGAUUCAUACUUUAUGACAAAACAGUGAAUGUUUGGUACCUGAUGGGGACACAGUUUGCAGAUUAUAUUAAUUUAGUGUAUUAAGUUGUGUGUUGUCACAGUUGUUCUGCUCAGUUUUUAGACCUGAGAAGGAAGCGGAUCAGACAGGACCUAGUCACUUGAUUAGCAUUACUUACUUACCAGCAUGAAAAUCAGAAGAAAUGAUAUCACUAGUUUCACAAGAACAUGAACCAGCUGUGUCCUGGUCACGUCACCAACACAGCCUGCGUUAGACCGGCAAACGACAAAUACAGCAAGUGCUAUACUCUGGUAUUUGGGGUACUUGUCUGCGAGUAGAAUAGGGACUUCAGGUCGAAGGUUUUGAGGACAAUCACAGUAUUACAAGUAUAGCACACCCACAAAGUGUUCUUUUCUGUUACUGAAACCAAACUUAUUGUUACCUUAUUGUAGCCAAUACAGAAAAGUAUGAAUAUAGUGAACCCCAUGGGAUCGAAGAAAUUGUUCUUAGUAUAAUCUAUCAAACUUAAUGAAUUGGAUUUUCAAGAAAGAAUUCCUUGUCAGAAAACAGAAAUGUAUCAUCUAUUUAAGCGAGAAUUACUAAUAAGAAUGCUGUGUAGUAGGGAGAAAAAAUAUGUUAUUGGUGCAUGCUUUUUGGAGUACAUUUCAAGUACAAUGUAGGUCAUUAAUACGUUAAAGUUUGAAUUGACCAUCCAUUAAAGACAUUGUAUAGGUAUCUUUGUGUGAAACUCUCUUAGAGAGAAGGUGUAUAUCACAGUAAUGUAGCAUACAUCCUUAAGUCUCCAUGUCACAGUAAGGUAGCAUACAUCCUUAAGUCUCCAUGUCACAGUAAG